GGGGCGGCCACUCGCGCCUCGGCGUUUCCCCCCCUCCCCGCCUCCCAGCCGCGACGCUCUGGGGCUCCGCCGCCGACAUGGGCGCCGCCGCGUGGGCACCGCCACACCUGCUGCUGCGGGCGUCUCUCCUGCUUCUGCUGCUGCUGCCGCUGCCGCUCCGGGGGCAGGCGGCGGGCUCCUGGGACCUGGCCGGUUACCUGCUCUACUGUCCCUGCAUGGGGCGCUUUGGGAACCAGGCCGAUCACUUCUUGGGCUCCCUGGCAUUUGCAAAGCUCCUGAACCGCACCUUGGCUGUACCUCCCUGGAUUGAGUACCAGCAUCACAAGCCUCCUUUCACCAACCUCCAUGUGUCCUAUCAGAAGUACUUCAAGCUGGAGCCCCUCCAAGCCUACCAUCGUGUUGUUAGCCUGGAGGACUUCAUGGAAGAGCUGGCACCCACCCACUGGCCCCCUGAGAAGCGGGUAGCAUACUGCUUUGAGGUGGCAGCCCAGCGAAGUCCUGAUAAGAAGACAUGUCCCAUGAAGGAAGGAAAUCCCUUUGGGCCAUUCUGGGAUCAGUUUCAUGUGAGUUUCAAUAAGUCGGAGCUGUUCACAGGCAUUUCCUUCAGUGCCUCCUACAAAGAACAAUGGAUCCAGAGAUUUUCUCCGAAGGAACACCCAGUGCUUGCACUGCCAGGGGCCCCAGCCCAGUUCCCCGUCCUGGAGGAACACAGGGCCCUCCAGAAGUACAUGGUGUGGUCAGACGAGAUGGUGAAGACCGGAGAGGCCCAGAUCAGCACCCACCUCAUCAGGCCCUAUGUGGGCAUUCAUCUGCGCAUUGGCUCUGACUGGAAGAAUGCCUGCGCCAUGCUGAAGGACGGGACUGCAGGGUCACACUUCAUGGCUUCCCCUCAGUGUGUGGGCUACAGCCGCAGCACAGCGACCCCCCUCACCAUGACCAUGUGCCUCCCCGACCUUAAGGAAAUCCAGAGGGCUGUGAAGCUUUGGGUGAGGGCACUGGAUGCCAGGUCAGUCUACAUCGCCACAGAUUCUGAGAGCUAUGUGCCAGAGAUCCAGCAGCUCUUCAAAGAGAAGGUGAAGGUGGUGAGCCUGAAACCCGAGGUGGCCCAGAUCGACCUGUACAUCCUUGGCCAGGCUGACCACUUCAUUGGCAACUGUGUCUCCUCAUUCACUGCCUUCGUGAAGCGGGAGCGGGACCUCCACGGGAGGCAGUCAUCCUUCUUUGGCAUGGACAGACCCUCUCAGCUGCGGGAUGAAUUUUGAUCCCACCUGGAGCCCCCGGCCAGGCGUGGCAGCUAAGGGUGCUCCUGGGACUGUAAGCUCCUCUUCUCUCCUGCCAGAGAUGGAGAGCAGUACCGGGGACUCCGAGAAGAAAGCCUUCCAUCCCAGGCAUGGGCUCCACAGCUCGCCAGAGCUGCUCUCCGCUGCUUGUACUGCCAGGGAACACACACAUACAAAGCAGCCCGCCUCUGGCUUGGGGCCUGCCCUGCUCUGUGCAGCCCUCAGUGCUGAACUGUCUGUCAAGCAGUUCCUUUAUAAAGAGGAAGAUGUUUUUA